ACAUCUUUUUUUGUUACUUAAGCCAAUUAAAAAACAAGUGGUGAGAAAGCAAGAAAGAAAAGCCCAAACUCAAACCCAUCAAAUUUACCACAGCCCAAUCAAACAAUCGUCAAAUUCACCCAAUCUUUUGUUCAAUUUUGCAGCUGUAAUUACCAAAGUGAACUGAUGCUGGGGGCUACAGAACUGUUGGGAAAUUCUCCUUCUGGUUCCGGUGGCGGCACCGCUUCUGCCGCCGUCGUGAAUCUGAAAAACGAGGUGGGUAGUGGUGGUGGGUCAGUUUCAGGUGGUUUUGGAGAUGAAGAGAGAGGGAGAGAGGAAGAGGGUGACCGGAAUUUCGCCGGUAACCGGUGGCCUCGUGAAGAAACGCUUGCUCUCUUGAAGAUAAGGUCUGAUAUGGACGUUGCGUUUCGGGACUCAGCUGUCAAAGCUCCUCUCUGGGACGAGGUUUCUCGGAAAUUAGCUGAGCUUGGAUACCAUCGAAGCGCCAAGAAAUGCAAAGAGAAGUUCGAGAACAUCUAUAAGUACCACAAGAGAACCAAAGAAGGCCGAUCUGGUAGACAAAAUGGCAAAAGUUACCGUUUUUUCGAGCAAUUAGAGCUUUUCGAUAAUCAAUCCUCACUUCCAUCGCCUUCAGAGAACAAAAUUGUAUCUUCUAUGACGGAGACAACAAUGGAAAUGGCCGCGAUGGUGAGUACUAGGAUGGAAAUGUUAAAACCCAUGAAUGUUUCUCAAGGUAUAGCAACUUGUUCUAUCCAAACCCCCAACCUAGAAUUCAUGUCCACCUCCACAUCCACAACCUCUUCCUCGGGGAAAGAAUCCCAAGGCACGGGUAAAAGAAAGAGAAAAAUGGCGGAUUACUUCGAGAGACUAAUGAAGUCAGUAUUGGAGAAGCAAGAGGAUUUGCAAAACAAGUUCAUUGAAGCAUUAGAAAAAUGUGAAAAUGAUCGGAUAGCGAGAGAAGAAGCGUGGAAGAUGCAAGAAUUGGCUCGAAUGAAGAGAGAACAGGAGAUGCUAGCCCAUGGAAGAGCUGUUGCCGCGGCAAAGGAUGCUGCCCUAGUUGCAUUAUUGAAGAAGAUCUCAGAGCAAGAUAGCCCGGUGCAAUUGCCCCCCGAAAACCCCACUCCAAUAUCGGAGAAACUUGUUGAAAGACAAGAGAACAAUGUAGGGGAAAACUCUUUUCAGGCGAGCCCCUCUCGGUGGCCUAAGGCGGAAGUUGAGGCUUUGAUUAGGCUUAGGACCAAUCUUGACUUGCAAUAUCAAGACAAUGGACCUAAAGGGCCUCUUUGGGAGGAGAUUUCAUCAGCCAUGAAGAAGAUUGGUUAUGACCGAAGCGCGAAGAGGUGUAAAGAGAAAUGGGAGAAUAUAAACAAGUACUUCAAGAGGGUAAGAGAAAGCAAUAAGAAAAGGCCUGAAGAUUCAAAAACAUGUCCUUAUUUUCACAUGCUUGAGUCUCUCUAUGAGCAGAAGUCCAAGAGGGUUGAUAAUUCAGAUAGCUCAGGUUAUAACUUGAAGCCUGAAGACAUAUUAUUGCAAAUGAUGGGCCAUCAAGAACCGCAGCAACAGCAACAACAACGCGAUGAAUCGAUCACAGAAGAUGGUGGUAGCGAAAAUGUUGAUCAGAAUCAAGAAGAUGAUGAAGAUGGAGAUGACGACGACGACAAUGGAGAUGAUUACCAAAUUGUUGCUAAUAAUCCUUCUUCAGGGACAACUAUGGAGUGAGGAGAAGACAAGAUGGAGAAGCCUUUUCUAUAAAGCUAAAGUAGUGUGCCUCACUUUGGAAGGUGGGUCAGAUUCAGUGGUUGGCACUUGAAGAUGUGGGUCAGAACCGUUGGGUUUGGAGUAAAGGUUGAAUCGCUAAUUUUGAUAUAUGAAUGCAUUCUCUGGGAUAUGGCCAGUGGCAUCUUUCUGCUUAUAUAUAUGUUCAUCCAUCAUUUAUUGAGUAAAUUUAGAGAGAGAAAGAAUAAUGUGGUUGGUGUGUGAUGUAAUAUACGAUCUUUUGCCUUUUUGACAGUUCAUACCAUACCAUACAUCCCCAUGUGUGUAAAAGUUGAAAUUGGUUGGCUGUGUUUGUUUGUAUCAAUAAAAGGGUAAGCAUCUUCAGUAA